AAGGGUAAUAUUGGUGACAAGUAGAUCCCUUGAGAAAAUAUAGUUGCUUGAGGAUAAUUACAGCUCUCUAUCAGCACCAUUCAUUUGUCAAAUCCAGCGCUGCAGUGAAAUUUUCUCCCCUCUCCAUCAUCUCACUCUCACUUCACCCUGCAAAAGCAAGAUUUCAUGGUUGGGCCUUAACUCUUUUGAGCAACCAUACACCGUUCCUCUAUGGCUACUUCUUUGAAUUCUGUUCUGGGCUUUCCGUCAACCCUACAGGCAAACUACUGGAAUCUAUCUGGGAGUGCCUCUCUGCAGAAGGUUGCACACUUCCCAUCUACCUUUCAGAUGCGGGGGUUAAGAAGAUGUGUACAAGUUACUAGACAUAAUUUCUAUCUUUUAGUUGCUAAAAGUGAUCGUCUUGAAACGGAAGUUAGUGAUAUGGACUCUGAAAAUGCUGAAAGGUCAUACUCUGAAGCUAUUACACCAACUGUGAAUACGUCAUCCUUUGAAUCUUCUAAAACAGAGGGGGAAGUGCAACCCAUUGGUCAAACUGAGUCGGCCGUGCAAGAAGCCGAAGCUUCAAAUGGGUCUGGAACUUCUGCAAACUUGGAAGAGGAAGCAUCUUCCUCCAGUCCAAAACCAACGUUGAAGAGAUCUCCAUUGACAGCAAGAGAGAAACUUAGGGCAGCCAGGGUUCUCAGCCGGUACAAUGAAUCAAAGACCUCUAAACCUCAGAUGGGAAGCAAACUAAUUGAGGCCCUACGAGAAAGUGAGAAGGGGAAAAUGAGAUCCGGACUUCCAGAGGCACCUACAAAUCUGUUUGAUGAUAGCAAAAGAGGGAUGCCAAAACCAGGAUGGACUUUUGAGUUUCCAGGAGGAAUUGAUGUCUUCCUUGUUGUGUUUUCAUUUGUAUUCAUCAGCACAGUUAUGUUUGCUACAACAUAUAUUGUGUGGAAGGUUGGUGCUAUCCAUUUCAACGAGUAGUGAGGUAGAUGGUUAUGUAUAUCCAGUAUCCUUGGGUUUUCAGGACAUGGUACUGGUCUAGCCAUCCACUAGUACCCGAGAUGAACAGAGUUUUGUGUACAACAUAUGCUUUCUUUAUCAUGGCUAAGAAAUUAUACUUUUUGCGCCAGUUUUAGGUUCUUCUGAAUCCCAAGAAAUCAGGUGGCCGUUAGGUUGGGAUGGCUGUGUAUAGUUGAAUACAACAAUGUAGCUCUUUAACACUAUAUUAUGGAACUGCCUUAUUGCCUUAUAUUUUUGUUUAAAUAGGACUUUCUUGUGCUUA